AUGGAACAAGAUGAAUGGAAUCAACCGACGUCUUCAGAAUCUUCGAAUUUUCAAAAAUUCGGGAUUUCAGGCGAAGAGGAGAAGCCAGUGGAGGAAAAUAAUAGACUCAUCGGUUUCAAAUGUUUCGAAUGUGGAAAAGUCUCAAAACUCGAAGAUUUUCAAGCAAUCGAAAAUAGAAGAGAGCUACUGGUGAUUGUAAUUGGAUGGGUUUUAAAUGGCUUAUCACUUCGAGUCGCCCGUGCGAUUUUAAAAGAAAAACCGCCUCAAUUGAUGUGUCAUGAGCAUUUUGAAGCGACAAUUUUGAAGAUUUUUGAAGCAUUGAAAGUAUCAAAAUCAUCGGAUAUCAUUAAAUCAACAACAUAUGUUGGUACAGCGUUAAUACAUACUGCACAGAGUUUGUGCCCUCAACUGUCAAUUUAUGAACUCAAAAGCCUUUUUUUCAAUUUCUACAAAAAGUUCAAGAAUAACGAAAAAGUGAAAAUUUGGGUUCCGAACUACUUCGAGUCACAGCCAGUGGAGUUCUACAACAGAGGCAUCGAAUCUUUGCACAUGCGUUGCCAGACAGCUGAAUUUCUUCAAAAAACCGUUCCAAAAAAUUUUCUGAUUCAAGAAAAUGUGGAAGACAAAUCUGAGCAAUCUGGAAGCACGCCACAGAAUGGAUCCAGGCCAGCUGAGUCAGAAGCCGGUGGUCCAAUAAAGAUUCUGAUUCCACGAAUUUUGAAGUCCAAAGCUGAGCAAUCUGGAAAAAUUCCUGCUGGUUUAUCUUAUUAUUCGACUCCAGAAACUUCUGAGCAAUCAGGGCAACAAAAAGUUCGAGAUAUUAAGAUUCGGAGAGUUGUGAAGAGAAAAGCUGAGCAAUCGUGGGGAGCUCUGACGUCUUCUGAAGGCUCCAGAAUGCUAGGUGGCUUUUCGUAUGCCACGUCAUCUGCUUCUGAAUCCCAAAAAUUCCAAAAUGAUCCGAAAAAAGUUGUGAUCCGGAAUUAUGUGGGCAGAAAUACUGUGCAAUCUUCAACGUCUUCUUCCACGAUAUCAUCGAAGCCAAGGUCUUCUGGAGGUUCUGAAAUUUCAUGUUCUUCAUUUUUCACGUCAUCUGGCCCAGUUUGUACAGCUUCUGAACGACAGAAACCUGAAUUUUCUCCUGGGACGUCUACUGAAACUCGAAAUGAGCAAUCAAUUCCAGAAAUUCUGUCUCAAUGGAAUGUGAAAAUCGAGCCAGAAGAAGAGCAAAAACCGGAGGAAUUCAGGCCACCGGAAGAGUAUCCCAGUUUCAAAAUUCUGGAAGAAGUUCGAAAAUCUGGAGAACCAGAUUCGUCGGAAUUGCGAUUUGAUUACACGGAAACGGAAGAAAAAGUGGAUAAUUUUGUGAUCAAAAUAGAGCCAAAAGAGGGAUUGAAAUCGGAGAGAAUUUGGGAUGAGCAAUGUCUGCAAGAAGUGAAAGAAGAAGUUAAUGAUGAGCAAUUUCUAACGACGUCUUCAGAAAUCAAAAAUGAGCUAUGUGAUCCAGAAGUCAAAGAAGAGAUUGAUGAUGAGCAAUGUCCAAUGGCGUCAACGUCUUCUGGAAUUAGACAUGAGCAAUGUCCAACAACGUCAUCAGCAAGUGAAAUUAUGGAUGAGAAAUCAGACCUUCCAAUCGAUACUUAUGAAAUCGAUCCCAAUUUUUCACCGGAGACAACUAAAUGCCCGAUUUGUAAUCAACCAAAAUCGAUAAUCGAUUUGGUUCCAUUAGUUGGGAAAUAUGAGAAAUUGGUUGUCCUUAUUUCAUGGGUUAUUGAUGGAUUCCCUAUUGAGCAAGCGAUCUCAUUGCUAAACUCUGAAGAAUUCGAUUUCGUCUGCCUGGAACACCCAAUAUCUACAGUAACCAAACUUUUCGAAUACUUGAAUGUCUCAUCGAUUGAACAACUCCAAAAAAUCAAUAUCGGACCAAACCAUAAUCUAGCGACAGCCGCUCGAAGCAUCUCGCUUCUAUUCAGUAUCGGAUUACAACGAACGAUUUUCAAAUUUUGCGAAAAAUUCGAAUCCCAAGAAAGUUACAAUCAAUUUGUGAUGGAUGAGUUGGAGAGAAGAGAGAUUGAAGGAUUCGUGGACCAGAUGAAAUGUGUAGUUUGUAGGAAAGAAGAGGCAAAGGACUUGAGAAGAUUGGGAGAUUCUGAAGAAAAAUUGAUUUUUCUAUCGGCAUUUCUGGAUAAAAUUACUGUAGGAACCGCCCGUUCGAUUUACAAGUCGAAUGGAGCAUUCAGAGCAUGUGAUUCGCAUUUUGAGGGUAUUUUGAAACGCACUUUUGAGAUUUUGCCAGUCUCGCAAAUUGUUGAUAUCAAAAAGUGUUCAAUUCAAGAGAGCCAUCCUUGGAUGAGUGAUGUUAGGAAACUACGAUCCGAUAUCACUUCGAAUCAAUAUCUGGAUAUAUUACAUGGAUUUUGUGCGAGAAAUGGUGAAGAAGACAGAGGAGAUCAACACACGAUACAAAGUACAUCUGAAAAUUGCGAAAUGCCGGAGAAAUGUGUGAUUUGCCAAAAAGUGAAAAGUCGUCUAUUUCUUCGAAAAAUGGAUCAUUUCAUUGAGAAAUUAAUCGUUUUCACUGGAUGGAUUCUAACUGAUAAAAAGGCUGAAAUUCGAGCGGUUCCAUUGUUGAACGAACAGAAUUUAUUCGUUUGUUGGUCCCAUUUUCCCGAAUUCUCCGGACGAAUUUUCAUUGAAUUAUGCAUCAAAAAUCUACACCAACUGUCGACUUGUUAUCGAUUUUUGGUCGAAAAAUUGAUGAUAACUAUCAAUAUUUUGGUGCCAAACAUGAAACAAGACGAAUUUUUGGACGAAUUUAGAAAGUGGCUGACGGCGUCGGACUGGUGUAAACCCCAAACGUAUGUGCAAUCCAAUGAAGUACUGAAAAAUAAGAAAAAGCAUUUUACUUGUUCAUUGUGUCAUAAGAAAAUCGAAGGACAAAUAGGACGAGUGGAAUCGAGAGAAGACAAGCUGAUUCUAAUGAUCGCAGCGAUUCUGGAUCAUCGUUUUGAAAUGGAUAUCGCCGCUUCCUUUGUCAGAUCCAGAAGAGAAUUCAUCGUCUGUUCCCAACAUUUCCAAUCGGCAAUCGAUCGAAUUUUCCUAUUUUUAUCGAUUAAGCAUAUGAAUCAACUUUCUAUGUGUCGACAGGAUCUCAUGCAGAAUUUGAUGGUUGUCGUUCGAAAUUUGAAUGGAACAGUUAGAAUCACAACCAACGAAUUUGAGAAUAUUAUGAGUGCUUUUCAUAAAAAUCACUGUAGAAGAAUGGUAAGGACUCCUUACUGA